UUUGACCUAAUUUUUGUCCAGUCCUUCCUCAACAUCAAAUAAUUUUUGAUACCGAUCAAAAUGCAGGCCUGUUCUUUUGCAACUUUUUUUCUAACGUGGAUAAUAUUAAUUCAAUCCGGAUCAUGUCAGCAAGCUCAAUAUCUAAGGCUCUGGAACACCACGGGAUGUAUCGGGGAACCAUUUGUGGACGCACCAACCUCCGGGAGUAAUAUCCCUCUUCCUGCUGGAUUGACCAUCAUGCAUUAUCGCGUUAAUGGGCUAUGGCAAAGCUUCUAUUGUCACAACGUGACGUAUUGUCCUGACGCACCAGUUUUUAUGUAUGGGACCAACACCGGCUGCGUGCCUACCGUGGUCGGGACCGGUAAUACCGAAGUGCAUGUCGUCAUGUACGGCGAUUCGAACCAGGUCGCGGAAGGAAUCACGUUUUUUGAGGAAGAGCGCUUGGGCGGGGACGGCUUCUAUGUUUCAUCGGGCACGCCCUUAAAUGCAACGGCCCGACGGGUCCGAUCCUACUUCUUCACCGGACCGAGUUCAUGGCAGCACAAAAGUUCGGAAGCUGCAGAAGCUGGGUCGUGUCUCAACGCAACGACGGAGAUUUACCAGAACGGGUGGGGAGUCACCUUUUCACUUUCUGUAGAUUUUCAGGUGGGCUGGGCACGACACGAAUGUAAUGUGACGGAAGAACCAACUACUAUUACAACUCCAACUACAACGACUACACCAACUACAACUACACCAACUACAAGUGCACCAACUACAACUACACCAACUACAACUACACCAACUACACCUACACCAACUACAACUACACCAACUACAACUACACCAACUACAACUACACCAACUACAACUACACCAACUACAACUGCACCAACUACAACUACACCAACUACAGCUGCUUCACCCCCUCCAAGUACGAAUGCAUCAAGUACAACCACACCAACAACAGCCUUACCAACUACCACCACAUUAAAUACGACGACUACACCAACUACCACACUUCCGACGACUACCCAAAAUGCUACCACUGAGGCUCCAACAGAUACUACCCCAUCCAGCGGUUUUACCCACGUGAUAGGCAUUGUUCCGUCCUCUAUCGCUAUUCUAGCCACGAUUCGAGUCCAAUUUUUUUGAUUUGUCAAACUGUAUGACCAUCAAUAACUAAAUUUAAAUAAAUACAAUAAAUUAAUUAGCAAUUAUUUCCGCAA